AACCAGAGCUGAAAAUAGUGGUUGGAUUUUGCCUUACUUUGGUAAAUCAUGGGUGAUAGUUUAUCCUUGUCAAACUAACAAUUAUGAGUAGCCUGGAUUUGAAAGAAGAUGCUUUUAGUUUCUUCCUCUGGAAUGGUCUUGCUGACUGGAAGAAGUUGUAGUCUGUCUGAAGCUUACGUGAUGGCAGCUGGAACAGCCUUGGUUUAUGAUGGUGAAAUGAUCAACCAUAAGCUACUUUGGGAAGACCCAGACUGUAAUUUGGAAGUCCCUGAACGGCUUUCCUCCUGCUAUGGCUGCCUUCAGCACUAUAACCUGAUUGAAAGAUGCAUUUCUGUCUCUGCCAGAGAAGGAACUGAGAGUGAAAUCAUGCUGAUUCACAGUAAGGAUUAUGUGGAAAUUGUGAAGAGCACUGAGAAAAUGGGAAAAGAAGAGCUCCAAAAAGUCUCUGCUGAAUAUGAUGCCGUUUACUUUCAUCCAACAACAUAUCGUUGUGCCAAACUGGCUGUGGGAGCAACACUGCAACUGGUAGAUGCUGUGAUGUCGGGAAAGACCCGUAAUGGCUUGACUCUAAUAAGGCCACCAGGUCAUCAUAGUCAAAGAAGUGCAGCCAAUGGAUUUUGUAUCUUCAAUAAUGUUGCGAUUGCAGCAAAAUAUGCUCAAAGAAAAUACGGCUUGCAAAGGGUCCUCAUUGUUGACUGGGAUGUACAUCAUGGACAAGGAAUUCAAUAUGCAUUUGAUGAUGACCCAAGUGUUCUAUAUUUUUCCUGGCAUCGGUUCGAACACCAGAACUUUUGGCCUUGUCUCAGUGAGUCUAAUUAUGAUGCGGUUGGUCAGGGGAAGGGAAAAGGAUUCACCAUAAAUCUCCCUUGGAAUCAGAUUGGAAUGGGAAAUUCAGAUUAUUUGGCUGCAUUUCUUCAUGUCUUGCUCCCAAUAGCUUUUGAGUUUGAUCCAGAACUUGUUUUGAUUUCUGCUGGAUAUGACUCUGGAAUAGGCGAUCCAGAGGGGCAGAUGAAAGCAACUCCAGAAUGCUUUUCCCAUCUUACCCAUUUUCUAAUGAAUUUAGCUAAUGGAAAGUUGUGUGCAGUUUUAGAGGGUGGCUAUCAUUUACGGUCACUCUCUGAAUCAGUCUGCAUGACUCUAAAAGCUUUGCUUGGAGAUCCUUUACCUCCUUUGUCUGGUGAAAUGAUGCCUUGUUUAAGUGCAAGGGAAUCAAUUCAGAAUGUGAGAGCUGCGCAUAAGCCAUAUUGGAAGUGUUUGACAUAUGAAGAUGUAACUCCAGUGCAAGAUCUCAGUACUACAUCCUGUCAAGCAGAGAAAGCUGAGCUUACACAGAGCAACGUGGAACUCCUAAGUCCUCAAGAAGUUGGAAAGGGAGAUGUCAAUGAAGUCAUCAAAACAGAUAGGUUUUUGGAGACGCAUAUGAAAAGCAUUUUGUCUUUGAAACCUCCUAUUAAAACAGCAGUCGCUGUUGAUGAGAGUGGCACACAACUCCUCCCACCAACUGUUCAUAUUCCAAAGGGACUGGAUAUGGAAGAGUUCAAAACUACUAUCAGUGCAUUUCAUGUGAAAAAUAUGAAAGAAGCAGCUCUAAAGUCACACUUGAAUAUGUUGGCUGUCCUUAACAAAAUCAUCAAAAAGGAGGUGAUCAAUGGGCUUGCAGUUUCAUCUACACCUUCACUUUCUUCUGCCAUUGCGGUAGCACAUUGUAGAAACUGGAAGGUAGAAAAAAUCCUGUGUGUAUUUGUUGGUGACAUGGAUAGGAAAAUUGAGUUGGAUGAUGACAAAGUCCUCUUGAUCAAUAUUUGUGCUAAACAUUCUGAACAAGUUAACACCAAACACAAUAUCUCUCUCAACUGGAAGGAAGAUCCUAAAACCAACAACUUCUUCUCUGCUACCUUUGGAUUUAUUCUUCCAGUUGCAUACAGCUACCAGCCUAAUUUAACCAUUGUAAUUGUUGGAGCAAACCAGAACCUUGGCAAAAAUAGAAUUUCCUUGCUUAUUAGCUUACUGCAAGGAUUAGCAGAAUCUCAGAUUCUCGCUGUAAUACAGGAUUCUGAAGAAAAAAUAAUGCAAGAUGUAGCCAACAUCUUAACAGGUGACUUUAUACCCAACUUUGAGAACUUUGCACCAGAUUUACAAGAGAAUGUGGAAGUGAUAAAAGAAUUAAGAGCGCAAUUUCAACAGGAAUGGAAAUUGCUUCAGUGUUCAGGUAACCAAUCAGAGAUGAAUGAAAACAAAAAGUAAAUCUUCAUUACAUUUAAAUAUCUUACUGUGGAGCUUUGAAUUACUUGAGGUUAGAGAUUCUCAAGAGGAAAAAGAUGCAUUUUUGCUACAAAAUCUGACUGCUUUGUUGUUUUUGUUUUGUGUAGCAAAGAAUUUCAAAGAUGAAAAGUAAUCUUGAUUUCAACAAUCUCUUUUCUUCCACAAAAAAACAAAAGAUCAGAAUAAGGCAUGCUUUAUGAAUAAAAGGGCACAAAAUGUUUCUGAA